UAUUAGGAUGACGCGAUGGGCUCCCCAGGGAGUCUAGACAAACGGCGCAUACGGACUAUUUCAUGAACAGCGGUGACCAUAUCAGAAAGCGUUGCUCUGGUGUUCGUUGCCUAUGUGCCGUAUAUAAUUGUAAAAGUAUUCUGACAACAGUAGCAAAAACUACUGUAGAGUUGAAUUGCGUCUUCCAAUGCGCAUGUAUUCUGUUUGAUGCAGCUGAUAAAGGAAGGCAGUUUUCUGGUCAUGCAACAAUGGUAGAACAACUGUCCGUGGUGUCCGUGGUGACUAAUAAAAAGUUCACGGCUCAUUGACUUUUCGUUUUAUGACCACAACAAAUUGUCUCUCCAGUUGAAUAAUUUAACACAUUAAACAAAUGGGAUGUUCGGAGGAUGGGUUUUCGUGUAUGUGUAAAUUAUAUGACAGACAGAAUCAAAUGCGCAUUUUAUGUUAAAAUGGAUAUCAUGAAGAUCAACGUUGGCGGGAGUGUCUUCCAGACAGAGCGCCAGACCAUCCUCAAUAUCCCCCAGUCAAAGUUAGGAUGUACCAUAUCCAUUAAUGAACACUAUGACGAAACUACGGGGGUAUUCUUCUUCGAUAGACGUCCAGGUUUGUUCGAGUCCAUCCUGUCUGCGCACAGGGACGGCGAGGUUCACCUGCCAAGUAAUGCAUGUGGAAGCGAACUGCUUCAAGAGCUGGAGUUCUGGAACAUCCCAGAGACUAUGGUGGCUUCAUGUUGUUUCGGCAAGGUCAAGAAAGACGUGACGGAGCGGGAGAUCGCACGCGCAGUCGCGGACGAGAUCUGUUGUGGUGUGGACGAGAGUCUUGAGAUUCGCGCCAGCUCAACCGGAUGGGGACGGAAGAGAAUGGACACCUGGUUUUUCAUGGAGUUCCCGGUCUCCUCCAAGUUAGCAAAGGCUUGGUCGAUCUUCGUUGGUGUGGUCCUUGGUCUUUCCCUGGUGACAUAUGGCCUGAUGUUUGAUGAGAGAGCCAUGUACCACGAAAAUGGUACAGUCAUCAGAUACCAACACAUGUUCGAGAAUAUCACGGCUCUUAUUGAUACGCAGAAAUGGCGAAUAAUUUGGACGGGGCGACGACAUUUGGAGCUAUAUGCCGUCGACGCUCUUCUAAACUUCAUCCUGAUUGGCGAAUUCGUCGUCAGGUUCGCCGUCUGUCCCUUCAAGAAACAGUUCCUGAGAUCUUUCACGAAUAUCCUGGAUAUCAUCGUGAUCAUCACGUAUAUCCUCGGAAUGUUCAUAGGCUUUGGCUUGAUCAGACGACACCUGGAGGUUCAGGGAUUGCAAUGGCUUUGGUUGGUGUGCAUGGUCCUGCAGAUGCUGCGUCCUUUUCGCGUUGUCCGUCUCGCGAAUACGUUCGACGGUCUUCGUGUCCUCCUGAUGGUCUUGAGAAAGAGCUGUUAUGGGCUAAUCACCGUCGUCUUGUGCAUUAACAUCGGUAUGAUGGUCUUUGCCUUCUUAAUAUUUGCCGUCGAGAUUGGCGUUGAGGACACAUUCAAGUCGGUCUGGGUUGGCGCGUGGUGGGCAGUUGUGACAAUGACCACAGUGGGCUACGGAGACACGGUCCCGAAAAGUACCGGUGGUUAUGCUGUGGGUUUCUUUUGCACGAUCUCCGGGCUUGUGAUAAUUGGCUUGUCCAUUCCAGUGGUGACCGGAGGUUUCAAUGUCUACUACGAUAAUGUGCACAAGGAGAUGCGAAAGUUGCAGGAGAAAUUAAGGGCCGUCCUGGUUACAACCAAGCCUGUCUCCGUCGUUCCAAUGAACGUCUCUACCACGAGCACUGAAGCCCGAUGUGCCGAAAGGCAGGCGGAGAAGUUGGAGGACCCAUGGGUCCUCGAUAAGACUGUAGCGACUGGAGAAGCAAGACGCCAUAGAAUGAAGACCGUGACCAAACAUUCGUAAACGUGACGUCAGAUAGAUUUCUGUCGUCCGAGAUAUUCGGCCUUAUUCGAGACUGUAAUUUCUUUCUAUACAUAAUAGAUGCUAUACAUUUUGCUGACUUUGAUGUGACGUUUUAUACUCUUAAAAGGGUGACUAAAGGUAGCAGGUCCGCCAUGACUGGGGUUCAAUUAGUGGUCCCAAGGCGACUAUAACAAUGUUACGGGACUGGGUGGGGAGGCCUACUUCGUUUAUCGUAUUGAUAUAGCUCACUGUGAUUUAGAUGGAGAACUUGGGUGUGUGAUUUAUGUGACCUGGAGGAUAAUGUGCCUAUUCGCCCCUUUCCUGUCCUGUAGUAGAAUGGCUGGGAGAUCUAGAGUUUAUCGUAUUGCUCUAGCUCACUGUGAUUUAGAGGGAGAACUUGGGUGUGGAAUUUAGGUGACCAGGAGGAAAAUGCACUCCUCGAAUUAACAGGAGACUAAACGAUAUCAACUAACAGAAUUUCGGUCGAUUAUGAAAUAGGAACGCAAUAUUUUUCUAGAUAUUCUCUCACAUGCAGUAUAUUAACACGGCCCCGUAUUGUGUCAAAUUGUGUCUCAUGAAAACGCUAAUA